AUGAAAAUCAUUCCUGCUCUCGUUAUUCUGACAUUGAACGCAGGGGUCGUGAGGGCGGGCUACUCAGCCCAACGUUUGUACUCGACUACCGAUUGCACUUCGAAGCCUGCGGGGAUAUUCUACACUCUUGUAGAUUCCUGCACCGACGUUGAAAGCUGUACCCCCUCAGCGGACGGUGUAACAAGUUCUGACACUGGUUGCGCCACGGAUCUGGCUGCCGACUCCAAGUCGACCUUCGGAAGUCACAGCUACCUGAUGGUUGUCGCGUACGACGAAGACGAUGAGGACGAGGAGAUCCAGUGCGCUACCAUAGCGUCCGCCAUCACCGUUCAAGCCACGGGGGCGUGCCAACUGCUCUCCCUCGGCAAGAUCCAAAGCGCGAUCGCGUCCGUGAACUUGGACGGGUCCGGUUCAUUGUCGCUGUACACGGACGACUCGUGCAAAGCUUCCAUUCAAUCGUACAGCGUCGCCGGCGAGAGCGUCAACAACGAUGUCUGCGUGAACGGCAACAAGUUCUACUCGAGCGUCACCCCACCGCUCACGUUCGCCGUGCAAGGAUUCUACCAAGACGAGAGCUGCUCAGCAACGCCCAAAACUUUCGUCAGCUCUCCCAAUGAAACGUGUUCAGUGGUUACGUGCGCCACUGACAACGACCUCAACGCGUACUCGACCACUCAAUGCACGACCAACUCGACCGCGUUCAUGAAGACGGCUUACGGGUCGAGCAGCUACCUCCUGGUAGUCAACUACGACGCCGACACCGACUGCGAGACUGUGACGUCAGCCAAAGGAUACCUGGCUGAUGGUCAAUGCCAGGUCGUCAAGGACGGAAGCACACUUAGCGCCAGAGCUCUUCUCAACUCGGAUGGGUCUGCAACUUUGAAGCUUUACACGGAUGCGGGGUGCACGCAAGGUGAAGAAUUCAAAACCAUCCCGACUUCGAGUAUCAAUACCGACGUGUGCGCCAGUGAUACCAAGUACCUAUCGAGUGCAACGCAAGCGAAAAUGUUCGUCACCCAAGACUACCACAGAGACACCGAGUGCUCUUCGCUCACGACGGCACUCGUCAGUGUACCGUCGGAUUCGUGCACCGAGUCGGACGUCUGCAACACGGCUAACAACUUGACCGCCUCGAUGCAAAUGCACUGCACGACUGACCCGGUUGCCUACGCUGGCCUGACGUUCGGCAACAAUGGCUACUUGAUGUUCGUGGGCUACGUGGAAAACACCAACUGCGAGGUCAUCGACUGGGUCUUCGCGCACCUGGCGGACGGCGCGUGCCAGAUCGUCAGUCUCGAGAAGGCGGCGAGCGCGAAGGCCUACCUCAACUCGGACGGGUCCGCCACGUUGAUUUACUACAAUGACACGGACUGCACGACUGGGGAGCAGACUCAGCAGAUCCCGGACCUGGCGUUGAACAACGAUUCAUGCACGUCGACGGUCAAGUACGUGGCAGGGUACGCGACUUCCAACGGAUCGCUGGUCUACACCCCAACGGACAACACGCCCAUAGCUACAAGUGCCGCGACCUCCCUUCAGUCCUUGGCCAUUGUAAAGCUGGUCAUGGCACUUGGUUUCAUCAGCACACUAGCAUUCAUUUAA